UCUUUCAAAUUAUCAUACUUUUCAUAGAAGAAUGUUUGGUUUAGUGAUCUGUUUUCUGUGUUUAAUUUCUCCCUUACAAGUAGAUUCCGCAGGAAUAAAGCCACAUCCUUUUGUAAAAGGUGAAGUCGGUUCGUUUCUGAAGCAUGCCCCUUGGGAGCACACAGAAAUGUCCGCCUCCCUCAAUGGACCAAUGAUUCUAACAUUGAAAUCGAAGUACAAACUGGACGGAGGGUUGGUCUUCUCCAAACACUUUCGAAUGAAGUACAAAGAUUGUGCUGACAUUUUAAAAAAGAAACCACAUCGUAAAAAUAGAGAUGGCGUGUACACAAUUUAUCCUGAAAAAGGCAUGAAAAAGAGAGUGUUCUGUGACAUGACAACAGACGGCGGGGGCUGGACAGUAAUUCAAAGGAGAAUCGAUGGUUCCACGGAUUUUCAAGGAAAGAAAUGGACAGACUUUGCAGAGGGAUUUGGAAAUCCUACCCACGAGUAUUGGCUAGGAAAUGAUGCAAUACAUGCUCUAACUAAGGCAGGAAAACAGAAGUUACGGAUAAACGUGGCCAGAUUCUCGGGAGAUAAGGGAAACGCUACAUACACCACAUUUAUUGUUAACAACAAAUCCAACAAAUAUAAACUAAAUGUCGGCGGAUUUAAGGGAUCUCCUGGACUCAAAGACAACCUAUCCUACCACAAUGGGAUGUUUUUCUCCACUACUGACAGUGAUAAUGAUAAAUGGGGAAGUAACUGUGCAGUCUCGUAUGGCAACGGCUGGUGGCACAAUGCGUGUAAUCACUCAAAUUUGAAUGGGAAGUAUUACAGAAAGCCGAGUACAUCUGGUAAUGCUAUGUCUUGGUACUAUUGGCCUCGCAAGAGUUCAUAUGGACUUCUGCAGUCGGCGCAAAUGAUGAUUAAACCAAAAUGAUCAAAUAAUCAAUGAUCUGUACCAGAGGAAAAUGCAUAUUAAACCAAUAAAUA